ACUUUAAUAUCAACCUGUUUCCUCCUCCUCCUUCUCCUCCUUCUCCUCCUCCUCCUCGACCUCCUCCUCCUCCUCCUCCUCCUCUUUCUCCUGAGAAACUUCGGCCCGGCAGUGCGGAACGUCGCUGCGCAGCCGGGGAGGGACGUAGGCAGGCGGCGGGCAGCGGGAGGCGGCAGCCCCUUGCGGUCCCCGCAGCUCCCGGCUGAGCCCGGCGCCCGCCUCGCCAUGGCCCGCAGACCCCGGCACAGCAUAUACAGUAGUGACGAGGAUGAUGAAGACAUUGAGAUGUGUGACCAUGACUACGAUGGGCUGCUUCCCAAGUCUGGAAAGCGUCACUUGGGGAAAACUAGGUGGACCAGGGAAGAGGAUGAAAAACUUAAGAAGCUGGUGGAACAGAAUGGAACAGAUGACUGGAAAGUUAUUGCCAAUUAUCUUCCGAAUCGAACAGAUGUGCAGUGCCAGCACCGAUGGCAGAAAGUACUAAACCCUGAGCUCAUCAAGGGUCCUUGGACCAAAGAAGAAGAUCAGAGGGUGAUAGAGCUUGUACAGAAAUACGGUCCGAAACGUUGGUCUGUUAUUGCCAAGCACUUAAAGGGGAGAAUUGGAAAACAAUGUAGGGAGAGGUGGCAUAACCACUUGAAUCCAGAAGUUAAGAAAACCUCCUGGACAGAAGAGGAAGACAGAAUUAUUUACCAGGCACACAAGAGACUGGGGAACAGAUGGGCAGAAAUCGCAAAGCUACUGCCUGGACGAACUGAUAAUGCUAUCAAGAACCACUGGAAUUCUACAAUGCGUCGGAAGGUUGAACAGGAAGGUUAUCUGCAGGAGUCUUCCAAAGCCAGCCAGCCAACUGUGGCCACAAGUUUCCAGAAGAACAGUCAUUUGAUGGGUUUUGCUCAUGCUCCACCUUCAGCUCAACUCUCCCCAACUGGUCAGCCCUCAGUGAACAAUGACUAUUCGUAUUACCACCUUUCUGAAGCACAAAAUGUCUCUGGUCACGUCCCGUAUCCUGUCGCGCUACACGUCAACAUAGUCAAUGUCCCUCAGCCAGCCGCCGCAGCCAUUCAGAGACACUAUAACGAUGAAGACCCCGAGAAAGAAAAGCGAAUAAAAGAAUUAGAGUUGCUCCUCAUGUCAACUGAGAAUGAACUCAAAGGGCAGCAGGCGCUACCGACACAGAACCACACAUGCAGCUACCCCGGGUGGCACAGCACCACCAUUGCCGACCACACCAGACCUCAUGGAGACAGUGCACCUGUUUCCUGUUUGGAAGAACACCAUUCGACUCCCUCUCUGCCUGUGGAUCCCAGCUCCUUACCUGAAGAAAGCGCCUCUCCAGCAAGGUGCAUGAUCGUCCACCAAGGAGCCAUCCUGGAUAAUGUUAAGAACCUCUUAGAAUUUGCAGAAACACUUCAAUUUAUAGAUUCUGAUUCUUCAUCAUGGUGUGACCUCAGCAGUUUUGAACUCUUUGAAGAAGCAGACUUUUCACCUAGCCAACAGCACACAGACAAAGCCAUACAGCUCCUGCAAGGAGAGGGCAGUGUGAAUAGACCUGCAAGAGAACCUAGCAAACGCCAGUUGAGUGAGGGUUCACUUGGCCUGCUCAAGCCCAUACCCCCUGCGAGGCACGGCACAAUCCCACUGGUCAUCCUUCGAACAAGGAGGGGCCAUGCCAGCCCCUUAGCCACUGGCGACUCUAGGUCCUUCAUACUUGCUGAUGUCAGUGGUUCGACUCCCAAUCGGUCCCCUGUCAAAAGCCUGCCCUUCUCCCCCUCACAGUUCCUAAACCCUUCCAGCAAUCAUGAAAACUUAGACUUGGAAAUGCCUUCUUUAACUUCCGCCCCUCUCAGUGGUCACAAAUUGACUGUUACAACUCCAUUUCAUAGAGACCAGACUGUGAAAGCUCAAAAGGAAAAUACUAUUUUCAGAACUCCAGCGAUCAAAAGGUCAAUCCUAGAAAGCUCUCCGAGAACCCCUACACCAUUUAAGCAUGCGCUUGCAGCUCAAGAAAUUAAAUAUGGUCCCCUGAAGAUGCUACCUCAGACCCCGUCUCAUCUCGUAGAAGACCUCCAGGAUGUGAUCAAGCAGGAAGCGGAUGAAUCUGGAAUUGUUACUGAGUUUCCAGACAAUGGACCGCCUUUACUGAAGAAGAUCAAACAAGAGGUGGAAUCUCCCACUGAUAAAGCAGGAAACUUCUUCUGUUCGAGCCACUGGGAAGCGGAGAGCCUGAACACUCAGCUGUUCCCACAGGCGUCGCCCGUGGCAGAUGUGCCGAAUAUUCUUACCAGUUCCGUUUUAAUGACUCCAGUAUCAGAGGAUGAAGACAAUGUCCUCAAAGCAUUCACAGUACCUAAAAACAGGUCCCUGGCGAGUCCCUUGCAGCCUUGCAGCGGGGCCUGGGAAGCCGCAUCCUGCGGGAAGAUGGAAGAUCAGAUGACAGCUUCGGGUCAGGCUCGGAAGUACGUGAACACCUUCUCCACCCGGACUCUGGUCAUGUGAGACGCUCCCACAGAAGCAUUACGGUUUCAGAACACUGCAGGUCUGCUCGGGGCGCGCCCAUUCCCCUGCGCGGGACUCUUCGUGAAUGGGAGAAGAACCUAUUUUUGUUGUGGUACAACAGUUGAGAGCGGCACCAAGUGCAGUUUAGUUGGACGAAGUCUUAUCGGAUUUCACCCAACUAAAAUGAUUUUUUAAAAAAUAAGUAACAGCCUUACCUAAAUUAUUAGGUAAUGAAUUGUAGUCAGUUGUUAAUAUCGUAGUGAAGAUUUUUUUAAAACAUGAAGCAAUUUACCUGUGUUCUAGAAGAUCUAACAGAACCAUAUUUUUUCACAAUGAGGUUUUUGAAAUUUUACGCACAAGACCAUCCUUUAAUAGUUCACUUUUCUCAGUCACUAAACACGAUGCAUUACUAUAAAUGUUGGUUUCAGCCUGUGACAGCCACUAAUCAAGAUUGUAAAUGCUCAUUUAUGGUUCACAACAUGGGAAGCACAUCUAUUGUACCAAACCAUUUUAUGAGUUUUUUUGUUAGCUUACCCCAAAAGUUAUCACUGUAUGAAAUAGUUUUAUAAAGAAAUUUAUAUUUUUAUUCAGUAAUUUAAUUUUGUAAAUGCCAAAUGAAAAAUACGUUUUGCUGCUACAGUCUUAGCCUGUAGACAUGCUGCUAGUAUGAAGGUAGUAAAGCUUUAGACAAAGAGAGGAGAACUGUGGUGUUUGGUAAUUGACUAUGCACUAGUACCUGAAACUUUUUUAUUUUUUAUGUAUACUUUUUUUUUCCUUUUGUAAUACAUUGGAAAACUUAUUUGGGAGAUUUCUGCUUUUGUUCUUGGUUUGUUGUUGUUGUUGUUGUUGUUGUUGGUUUAUGAGAGCAUGUGUUGCACUUCUUUUUUUUGGGAGAUCUGUGUCGGUGGUCUAUGUUUUAUUUUGAGUUUACGUCCCUCUUCUUUAAUUCGGGAGUUACAAUGUGUUGUUCUCCACUCUUCAUGGUUUUCAAGUGCCUGGUUUAAGAACUGCCACGCGUAACCUGUGUUUGCAGCCGGUCAGAGGUAUCUUGGGUCUUUUGGAAGGGUUUGGUGCACGGUAGCUAGCCCAGACCUUUGGUAUGACAUGUACUAAUUGCCUCACAAUGAAAUAAAGCUCUGGUCUCAUUUUA